AUGGCGUCCGAAGACCCCGCGCCUCGAAAAUGCAUGGGGGGCGACUGCGACAAUGAUGCUGGAUCUUUACAAUGUCCCACCUGUCUCAAGCAUGGGAUGAAGGAGAGCUUCUUCUGCUCGCAAGAUUGCUUUGUGAGAAAUUGGAGCACACAUAAGGCUGUUCAUAAAUCAAAGAGUAACUUUCUCACAAAUCUCUUCCCUCCAAAAGUUGUCUCUGAACCCGAUCCAGCUACAGGAAAAUUCAAUCCGUUUCCAGCCUUUCAUUUUACCGGAGAUUUACGCCCAGUAUAUCCCCUCUCCCCGCGACGUGAGGUCCCUAAGUCAAUAAAACACCCCGACUACUGGGAAGACGGAUAUCCAGCGAGUGAGAACACAUAUAAAGGAAGGACCCAAAUCGAAAUACUGGAUCAGAAACAACAAGAAGGCAUGAGGACAGUUUGUCUACUUGCGAGACAAGUUUUGGAUAUCGCAGCGGCUGCGGCCGUACCGGGAGUUACUACAGACUACAUAGACGAGAUAGCAUAUCCAUCCCCCUUAAACUACGUAAACUUCCCAAAAUCUGUCUGCACAUCGGUAAACGAAGUCAUCUGCCACGGCAUUCCAGACCAGAGAGUAUUAGUAGAUGGAGACAUUCUCAAUAUUGAUGUUACACUAUAUCACGGCGGGUUCCAUGGAGACAUCAACGAAACAUACUACAUUGGCGACAAAGCCAAAGCGGACGCAGAUUCAGUACGGGUGGUUGAGGCAGCCAGAGAAUGUUUAGACGAAGCGAUCAAGCUGGUCAAGCCUGGAGGGUUAUUCCGAGAAUAUGGCAAUGUCAUCGAGAAACAUGCCAAGUCGAAGAAGUGCAGUGUCAUCAGGGCAUAUUGCGGUCAUGGAAUCAACAGUUUAUUCCAUUGCUCGCCGAGCAUCCCCCAUUAUGCCAAGAAUAAGGCAGUUGGAGCCGCGAAACCUGGAAUGUGCUUUACUAUUGAGCCGAUGAUCGCACUAGGAACGCACCUGGAUGAUACAUGGCCAGAUAAAUGGACAAGUGUGACGCGGGAUGGAAAGAAGACAGCGCAAUUUGAGCAUACUCUUCUCGUGACAGAAACCGGUGUUGAGGUCCUUACUGCAAGAUUGGAAAAUUCCCCUGGAGGGCCGAUUACCAUGCCUGUGCCUGAAGUAGCAAUAGGUGAAAAGACGGAGCAGACAAAUGGCGAUGCAUCUAAAUAA